AUGGAAGUAGUCAACCAAACGUCUUCAGACAGGUUCAUCCUCAUCGGACUAUCUAAUGUCCCGCACCUCCAAGUGAUAUUUUUCCUUGUGUUCCUUCUGAUGUACAUAAUCACUCUGUCAGGAAAUCUUUUACUGAUCAUUGUGGUGAGGAUCAACCCAAAGCUACAGACCCCCAUGUACUUCUUCCUGGGUAACCUCUCCAUUGUGGACAUCUUUUUCUCCACCACCAUCGUUCCCAAACUCCUCAUAAACACUCUGUCCGUAGAUAAAAGCAUCUCCUUGUUGGGGUGUGCAUUACAGAUGUUCUUUGCUAUAGCUUUAGGAGCAACGGAGUGUAUUAUACUUGCCGUCAUGGCGUAUGACAGGUUUGUUGCCAUCUGCAGACCUUUGCACUACAGCACCAUCAUGAACAAGACAGUGUGCGUAAGUUUAGCAGCAGGAUCAUGGGGUAUUUGCCUCCUAAAUGCUACAGUCCAUGUUGUCUUUACCUUCCAACUCCCCUACUGCAAGUCCCACCACGUCAACCACUUCUUCUGUGAGAUGCCGCCUUUUUUUCGAAUGUCUUGCCGAGACACUCGCUUCAAUGAGAUGCUGAUGUAUAUUCUAGCAGGUCUCUUAGUCAUGUGUUCUUUCUGCUUGACUCUAAUUUCAUACAUUAACAUCAUCUCCACCAUCUUGAAGAUCCGUUCCUCCCAUGGAAGACACAAAGCUUUCUCCACAUGUGCUUCUCACCUGACUGUGGUGAGUCUCUACUAUGGGACCAUCAUGUUUAUGUAUCUGAGACCCCGCUCUACUUAUUCUGCAGAAAUAGACAAAACUGUGUCCAUUUUCUAUACAGCCGUGACACCGAUGUUGAACCCCAUCAUCUACAGUAUGAGGAACAAGGAUGUCAAAGGAACAAUCACAAAAAGCAAACAAGAAAUAAAGAUCUCUAAUGUAAGAGGCUGA